AUGGCCACCCAAUCCUAUCUUCUCAACUCCGUUUAUCUCAGAGGCUGGCAACCUUCAAUUUCCAAGUCAAGCACUUUCGCUGUCCCAGUGAGUUCCCCACUUCAUUUGCCUCAAAGUUUUCUAUUUGCCAUGCUUUCUGCAGCUGAAUUUGACAAAACCCACUUCAAAGAAACUUCAAAGUUUCCUACUAAACGAAACAUCAAUGGAAGUUCUAGGACCUUGCAAUGUUGCUCAUGUUACAAAGAAAUAUCUGAGGCAGCAGCAGCAGCUACUACUGCACAGAACACACUUGAUUCAAAAGCUGUCUUAAACAGUGUCAAACUCAGCAUACCUGAGACAUCAUUACAUUAUGUUCCCUCAGAUUUCAUGAAGAGGUUGGUUCUUGCUGACUUGGAUCCUGCCACUGCAAAGCUAGCAAUUGGGUUUCUAGGCCCUUUUCUCUCAGCAUUUGGUUUUCUCUUCAUAUUGAGGAUAGUGAUGUCAUGGUACCCUAAACUACCUGUGGGGAAGUUCCCUUAUGUAAUAGCCUAUGCUCCCACAGAGCCUCUUCUCAUAGCAACAAGGAAACUGAUUCCUCCCCUUGCUGGUGUGGAUGUUACCCCGGUUGUCUGGUUUGGAUUGCUUAGCUUUCUUAAUGAGAUAUUAGUGGGUCCACAAGGAUUACUUGUUCUUCUUUCCCAACAAGUCAAUUAGGAAACAUUUUGACCCUUUUUUUUUGUGAGGAACAAAUAGAUAAGAGAUGAUGUUAUUUUGUCCAAUCUUCUAGUUGGAUCCAUACCAAAGUGCAUCUGUGAGUGUGAAUUACUAGUAUUUUCUUUAUAUACCAUAUAUAUUGAAGUAGAAAGCAGAGAAGAAUUGGUGAAGUUCAAUUCAAAUAGCUUCACUAGUGAUAAAAUCUUGAAAUGCUAGACUAGGAUAAUCUUUAGAAAUUCUACUUACUAAAUUGUCAUUUUGUUUUAACGAAAGAAAUGCUAAUGCUUACUUCAUUUCCUCUACUAGCUGUAAGGGAUAU